UGAUAUGCACACAUUCACAUACUGUGACAUUUACAAAUAAGAACAAAAACUUCAUAAAUAAAUGUAUCUAUAAUUAGUUCUCUCACAAAAGGAUUCUGAAUCUAAAGACACGUCAAAUUUCAUCACACAUGUACAGUACACUUGUAUCCAGGGGCGGACUGACCAUUUGGAAACUCGGGCACUGCCCGAGGGCCCGGGAUGCUCCUGGUACCUUUUUCAUAGGCUUUUUUGAGUUUGGGCAAGGACACAGGGCCCCAUGAUCCCCUAUUGCCCGGGGG